ACAGAUGCGUGUACGUCAAAACAUGCAAAGGUCCGCAACAACAGAGCGAAAAAAAACGACGAAAACUCAAAAGAAAGCAACAAUUGCAUUAGUGACAAUGAAGGGCUGGAAGCAAUGAGCGAAAAGCCCCAGCACUGCUCUAGCGCUUGAUACGACCCAGCAACUCCAGUCCAUUUAACCGCAAUCGCUCCAACCAAACCGCAUGGCUGUGUGCUGGAAAGUGUGCUGCAACGCGUGUCGUGCUACGAUUUAGCCCUAAUGGUGGUCGUGGUUUAUCGUGGACCUUGAAAAAAAGGUUUCGGAAGCUUGCCCUCGCCAGUGUAUUGAUUUUCCCCGACCAAACAAACAUGGUGACAGACUAGGUGGUUUUGUGGAGCUGUGAAAACACGGUCGCAAAGAAAGAAAUGCUGCUUCCCAUGCUGGAGCAGCGUUCAGUGCGUUGUGCAAGUAGCAAGAGCAUGCUUGUGCGUUUUUUCCUGCCGUGUUUCGAGACAGCCAGCCAAAAGUGCAGCUGCACAGCUAAGGCCAGCUGCUGCUGAUGGGAGCGUUGCAUCAAAACAAAUGGUGUGAGACAGAAUGGUUAGGGAGCCAGCCCAGCUCCGGCCCUUACAAAGUCCGUGUCUGUGUGUGUCCAGUCCAGUGUGCGCUUGGCAGCAUCAAAUUGCAUAAUGCGAACGGCUUUGGGAAGGAUAAAUGUCCUCUAGACAGCGCGUUGGUAGUGGUGGUGUACUGGGGGGAAGUGCGCGGGAAGGAAGCCCGUAGAAAGCGCAGCAACGCGUCCGGUGGAGAAUGCUAAAGGUCAACCGUCAGAGCUUCGCCUGUUAUGUUCUGCCCGUUGUCAUUGUUACAGUAAUAGUAUUAGCUGCAUCAUCGCUAGCGGCAGUCGAGGAAGUAUUGUAGUAUUUACCGCCGAUAAAGCAGCAAAAAGCAGUAGCGCAAUCAGUGGUAGCCGACGGACGUGGUGUUUUGUGCUUGUGCGUCAUCGCAGGCUGGGAAGUGGAAUAAGUCAUAAUAGCAUCCAGCUGAGAGAGCGCAAAGUUGUCCGAAGUUUCCCCAUCCACUCCGGGAGGCGAGCGUUGCGCACCCGGUGCCCUUAAAGCGUGCUUGUGUGUCUAUUUACGCAGAAGAGUAUUAUCGUAAUCGGCUGAUGUGUUGAGUGUACGGCCCGGAUAAAGUCCUGCACACGCACGCACACCGAAGAGGACACAACGUAGACCCGCCGAUGGCCAAUGCAGGUCAGCACAUAUUACUUGGAUCGGCUGUAGUGAAUUCCGUUACUGGAAAGGUGUCAUGUGCAGCUACUGCUUAGCCUGGUCCGGUCGUUUUCAUACGGAGUGGCAAUACUAGGCUGUUGUGUAGAGCCGUGGCGAGUGGAACGUGAUUUCCCAUUUUACUUCUGCACACACGUUUCCAUAGGAACGAUCGAUUUUGAAGUGAAAGAAGCAACGACAACAUCAAUCGCCAUCCAGCAUGGGUGGCUCAGUUAGCCAAGUGUUUCGGUCCGGCAGUGCGCUGCUCUCGAACCGCGACGGCCACAAGGUGUCGGAAACGACGGUUGAAAAGGUGAACACAAUCUUCGACGCACUCAGGGCAAAUCCAAAGAUAUCGAUACAGCGGCUAGAGCCACUGUUGCUUCAAAUACCGAAGUACGAAAAUAUCCUUGCGAUACACGACGAAACAGGAUACAAUUUGCUGCAGAAAAGCGUAGGACUAAACCAUGUAGAACUAGCUAGGUGGCUACUGCAAAGACAUCGCCCGGAUGUGAACCGGAGCUCGUGUUCCUUACCACUGCACAUAGCCUGUCUGAAGGGUUACGAAGAAUGUGUAGAGCUGCUGCUUAAACACGGUGCUAGAAUAGAUACCGAAGCAAGGAUGUGCUUUCCCGGUGCACACUCGCACAACUGCGAAGAGAGUGGGAAGUACAAAAAUCAAGGCGACGAUGUGAGGGUUUGCGAGCGACCGAACACGAAGCUGCAGAAUGCCGUCUGCUACGCGAUCGAUGGCGAUCAGAUCAACGUGCUGAACAUACUGGCUCAAAAGAUGGAGGAACCGUGGAUGCCGUUCCGGGUGCGGAAGCCGCUGCUGCACAUUGCCUGCGAGCGGGGCGCCUGGAAGUGUGUGCAGCAUCUCGUCCAGACGCGCUCGGACGAGAUCAAUCUGAUCAAGGACGAGUACUACCCGAUCCACCAGGCGGUGCUGCACGAUGGACGCUUUCUGGAGCUGCUGAUACAGCACGGUGCCAUCACGACGGUGCGCACCUGCACGCAGCAAAUGACGCUGCUGCAUGUUGUAAUCCUGGCGGCGAGAAAAUCGGCCGAAGACACACUCACCACAAUUCGUAUACUGUUGGAACGGGGCUGCAAGGAACUGAUCAAUAGUCCCGAUUCUUUGGGCAACACCCCACUGCACGCGAUCAUCGUCCGGUAUGCCCUAGAGGAGGCCAGAUAUGGCUACGACAAGUGGAACAAAUGGGAUGUGUUGCAUUUGGUGCGCUUUCUACUGCAGAACGGUGCUAAGAGCUCAAUCAAUCAAACAGGAAACAGUGCGCUUGCCUGCGUCUUUCGCCAUAUACGAGACUGGGAGGUUUGCUACGAGCUGCUGAACAUGCUCAUCAAAGAAGGAGGAGACCCCAAUAUUGUUGGUCGGGAUGGAUCCGUUCCUAUUAUGGUCUGUUUAGUGCCACUUAUCAACAAGGAUCCGCUGCACCAUUUCACACACUCAAUGAAGGUCUGCUAUUUGAACUGCAUUCGAAUACUGUUACAAAACGGCGCCAAUCCAAACUGCUCCUAUCGCUCCAACCUGACGCCGCUCCACGUGCUCAUCUUCACCGUCUCCGAGAACUUUACGCUCAACUGUGAUAUCCAGAAACGCGCCAACUUUGACUUUAUCAAAAACAUUCUCCUGCUGCUGCUGCAGUACGGGCUGGACUGCAACAUCACCUCCCAGCACAUCCUGCAGUCGGUGAUCGACAUGAUCGUCAACGUGCGCACCUGCCCGGACAUUCUGUGCGUGUACGAGCUGCUGCUGCUGCUGAUCCAGUACGGCAUCGAUCCGAACAUUUCGCUCAGCAACAAGCUGAUGGCGAACGGGGCGAGCAGCAGCAACUCUUCCAUCAUUUUCGUAAACGAUUUCAUCAACUUCGGCGGUAUACGUGGUGCCGCACCGGGUGGUGCGGUGGAUGCUGCCGCCUCCGGCGGUGCCAGCAGUACCGGCGGCCCCAGCAACGGCGGACCGGGUGGAGUGGUGGUGACGGGCGGUGCUGGAGGAGGAGGCGGUGGUGCUUCCUCAGCGGCAAACGGGAACGGCGGUGGACCGGGCGGGUCGGGCACAGGCGGUCCCUCGAAUGGGAACGAAAACCUGCGCAGCUCGUUCCGCAACAAUGCGCGCAACUAUCUGCUGUUCUACUACAUUAUGCUGAUCACGCGCAAAGAGUUCAUUCUGCUCGACCGGGAGCAAACGUACCAGCGCAUCAUCUACCUGUUCUACUACUCGAUGAAGCACGAACCACUGUUCAACUGCCUGAAGACGCUGCACAAUCUGCUGAUCGCGCAGGUGCCGCACCGGUCGAUCGACAACCUGCGCCACCUAAUCAUUACGCUGUACAAGAAGCCGCGCAGCCUGAAGCAGCUGUGCCGCGUCUGCAUCUACAACAGCCUGGACAAGAAGCUGGCCCCGAACAUAGCGCGGCUGAAUCUGCCCGGUCCGUUGAAAGAGUACGUGAUGAACUUCGACAAGUAGAGCCGCUGACGGACGAACACGAGCGGGGAUGAGCCGUAAGUUAAGAAGAAGAAAAAAAAACAACACGAGAGUUAACGCUUUCUCUCGAGAUCUCUUUCAUUAGGUGCUGCGAUAGCUAGUUGUUUGUUUUGUUGUGUAUCGUUAACGUGCCCGAAGAUAAAGCAAGUAGCAGCGAUCGUUUAUCUAUCAGACCGACGGUUUAUUUCCCUUCAUUUUCAUUUCCCUUUUAGGAUACAGUCUAGAUAGUUUAGAUUAGUUUUGUAAAAUUAAAAAAAAUCCGUUUCGUUACUCUCCAUUAACUGUACGUCUUUUUUUCUCUGUCACUCUCUACAUUUUAAUUAAGACUUUUCAGCAUUCAAUUAGAUACACUCGCUAGUUAAAAGAAUAUAGCUAAGGAUCUCCAAAGCAAUCUUAUGCCACGAACAAAGACAUCUUUAGUUUAAGUCGUUUUUCAACCGUAGCUGACCGUAAAAUGAUCUGAAGAAGAAACAAAAAAAAAAAACACUCCCAAUCGAAUGUAGCUAUAAACGAAAGCGCCAGGAAACGCGUCCAUGAAGGAGGAUUACGCGCCCCAAAGCCUAAUCGAUGUGUCCUAAACAGCCCGUAAACAAAAAAUGAAAACAAUCGUACACGUAUAAAUAUUGUAAAGCUCGCAGUGAGCUAGCAAAAAAAAGAACAUGAAAAUAUGUAUGUGUGUUGUGUGUAUAAUGUAAAUAUGUUGUAGCGUUUACUAAGGAUCCACACUUUUAUAGGUAGUUGGUUAGAUAAACAAGUACAUGCGCUCGUGCAGCCGGAGUUGGAGGCGGAAAAUGGAGAGUGUGCUGGUGGUGGUGGUAGUGGUGUGCACAUGAAGCAACAUCGAUGCAGUAGAUAUGACUAACGAAAUUAUACGAUCAGGCACACAAACACACACUGGCUUCCGGUUGCACGUCAGCAGGAGCAGUCGUCACGAACAAACGAACAAAUAUAUCAAACAAAAUAUAUGCAAGCGUGUGUACAAUGUGAAUGUAUGGGCGGAGGGGGCGGAGCAAAGGGGGAGUUUCGCCGCUUGGAAAACACCGAAUUUCUUCAACACACUUCAGAUAGGACUGAAAAAUCAAUCAAACUUAAAACUGAGCAUACAUUGUAGAUGGCGCGGAACGGAAGAGAAAGGAAAAGGAAGAUGCGAAAGAAAGUAUUUUGUGCGCUGUGCCGUGAACAAUCCGUUUGUAAGGAGCUGUCCAACCAAUGUGGCAUACAAAAUAUUCGACGGGUUUGCAUGCAAAUGUGAAAGUAAUAAAGAGUUUGGAAAAAUAAA